GUUCACCCGACUCCAGGUGAUUGUUCCCGGGUUUUGGCACCACUUGUUGCCUUCACAGGCACACGGUGACCUGGGUCAGGAACGGCACGGCGGCCGACCCCUGGCCGCACGGUCCAUCGGCUCACAGACACCAAUGUGGUGGAUGGCAAAUGGCGUUUAUUGCUGAAUGACACGACACUAUAUAGCCUAGGUUUACAAUGUCACUUCCGUCUGCUUACAUCAUAAACUAAAAGCUGUUGGCUACCUGGAGGGGGGCCCUAUGUUUCCAUACAGCGUGAGAUCUUCCGGCCGCCAGGCCCUACCUAGCAACACCUUCCUCGCAUUUAAAAGGGCGUAGGAAGGCCAGAGAGACUGGGAGCCUCAGCUGUUUCGUGUGGAGAAGCUGUCAGCCUUCUAUGAGAGCAUGUAGCCAGCAAGCACGUAGUGGUGCUUUGAUACCAAGCUGAGACCGCAGACUUCAAUCUUCUUUGUGAAAAGAGAUCACAAGGAAAUGUGCUGAUGUUGAAGGGGGAAGGGUGGCGGGGGAAGAGGUAGGAGGCAGCUUUCAACCAAUUUUAGGCUUAACUCCUGUGUUCCUGAGAAUGGUUCUGGGCUUUGAGGGGUUUGGUUUUGGCUUUUUGCCUUAAGUGCGUCUACCUUUCAGGGUAACGCUUUCUUGGAAGUUGUAAAUGGUUCUUCUUGGACACCAAACCAAAUCCCGUACCUGGGAGGGCCAUUUAGCAUGCUGCAGCAUGCUUUUUAUUCCCUGUAGGUCACUUGGCCCCAGCCGUGCACACUCUCCCAGUUUGGCACAUUCUUACCCUGCUGGCUGAAAGAUUCUGUCUUUUCACUUCCUCAGCUUGCCACAGGCCGUAACAAAUGUGUGUUCAUAGACCGCUUUCCUUGCUCAUCACUGAUUUCAGAUUUGAGUGUCAAUGCCAUGGACGUAGCAGGAGAGCAGCAGCUGGACGUAGAGCACAAUCCAUUUAAACAACGCUUGGAUAAAGCUGCCAGUCAUGUGACUCCAGAAGCUGAGAGACACAAAGGGAAUCAAGCCGACUGUCGCUGUUCCGCCAGGCAGGAUGGACACCUGAACAGCUUCGGUCUCAAUGCCCAAGCCUGGGCCCAGCCCAAGAAAUGACUGGCUGCUUAAAUAAUUUGGCCAUAAGGUGUUGUCCUGGAGAAGGCCAUGCAUAAGUGCAUUCUGAAGCUGUUGAAGAGCCAUAUUGAGGCGAUGUUGAAAGAGUUUGAUACUGCAGAUGGUUCUUGGAAACAACUGAAGAAAAACAUUCAGUUGGUACGGCAGAGGAAUCAUCAGGAGCUGGGCGUGUUUGUUCCAACACCAGACUUCGUGGAUGUUGAAAAGAUUAAAGUCAAGUUUGUGACCAUGCAGGUGAAUGUAUUCACCUGAAAAGGAAGUCAUGCUGCUGCUGAGAGUUUGCAAAUUGAUUUAUACUGUUACGGAGAAUAACUUGGGUAUGGUGCUUCUUGUGGUUCAAGGUCACUGGUUUUUUUUCUAAACCUGGGGUUGUAUUUUGGUGGAAGAAAUCAGACCACCUGAUUCUGCAGAUGUCACCUUCUUCUGGAGCUCUUGUAGCAUCUCUUUGCCCUUUUGAGAGGGAUUCUUUCUCUCUGCUUCCUUCCUGAUAUCUCUGCAUCUGGCAGCGCAUCUUACAAAUUCAGUGUGAGGCAGAGUUGUGAAGCAGCUUAAAAAAAACAACAACAAAAAAACCCCAAACAACAAACGACCAGCUUUGCUUAACUGUAGGCUUUUGAAAUUGGCUGUCAGAAAGUCUGUCCUAUAAGCCUAGAAUUUGACAUUGGUUCUAUGAUGACUACAAGAGCUCUGUGUUGAUGGGUGGAGGAAAGCAGCCCCUGGUCCAGUAUUUUUGACUUGCUGUGCCUCUGAAUGUUCUCAUUUGGACACUUUCUUUCUGUUUUUGCAAGAGAAAUAACAUCUAUUUCGGUGCUGUGGCAAGAGUCCAAAAGUGACCUUGAAAUGUAGAUGGUGAAAUGGAACCACAGACCAGUUAAGACCAGCUUGAUUAGUCAGUGGCACAAUUAAAAUGCUGUGCUGGAUGGCAUGAAUUCAUAGGUGCAGCUCUGUUGCCUGACAUCUUAUCAUGCACUGCUGUGGUAGGUCACGAGCUAAGGUGAAGCAAUGCCGGUGGUAGUGGGAGAUUUUUUUUCCCUAAGCAAGUAUAAGCUGCUGCAGGUGGUUGGCAGUUUUCUUUCAAGCACUGAAUCUGCAGCUGGGUCCUGUGCCGAUCAGGAUGCUUGCUUUCUUUCAAGAUUUGAGAGAAUGGUGAAAGCUUCUGGCUGUAAAAGACGCCCCAGGCACUUCGGCAAGAUUUGGGCAGGAGCUUAGACCUGGCUUAUUUCUGUGCAAAAUCCUGCGUUUUACAACGUAUUUAGGAAUCUUUGCCAAAGUGCUGCAAACUUUUUUUUCCCCUGUUGAGUACUUCCAAUGUGCAAAAGUUCUUAGUAACUUCUUAGUAACUAAUGCAGUGCUGUGUUGUGGCUCUGGCAUGAGAACAAUGUUGAUAGCGCACUGAUGUUUUUAGUUGUUGCUGGGUGAUGUUUAUACUAAGUCAAGGACUUUUCAGUUUCUCAAGCCUUGCCAGCCAGAGGGCUGGAGGGGCAGAAAACGUUGGGAGGGGACACGGCCAGGACAGCUGGCCCAAACUAGCCAAAGGGAGGUUCCAUAUCACGGGGCGUCCUGCUUGGUACAUGAACUUGGGGGUGUGUCGAGGUUUAACCCCGGCCAGCAACCAGGUACCACGCAGCCGCUUGCUCACUCCCCCUCACCCAGAGGGAUGGGGAGGAGAAUCGGAAAGGAAUGUAAAACUCAAAGGUUGAGGCAAGAACAGUUUGAUAGGUAAAGCAAAAGCCGCACACACAAGCAAAGCAAAACAAGGAAUUCAUUCACCGCUUCCCAUGGGCAGGCAGGGGCUCAGCCAUCCCCAGGGCAGCAGGGCUCCAUCACACGUAACGGUUACUCGGGAAGACAAACGCCAUAAUGCCAAAUGUGCCCCCCUUCCUCCUCCUUCCCCCAGAGUUUAUAUACUCAGCGUGACGUCAUACGGUAUGGAAUACCCCUUUGGCUAGUCUGGGCCAGCGUCCUGGCCGUGUCCCCUCCCAGUUUCCCAUGCCCCUCCAGCCCUCUCACUGGCUGGCAAGUUGGAAGCUUUACUGAUAUCAGCCAGCAGUAGGUCGUUCCACUAUGGUGUCUCUCCGGUGUGUUCCCUUAGGGAGCGACUCUUUGGGACAAAGCUAACCUCAGGUGUCCGAUUGCCUUUCAAAAACUAGUCCUGAGACCUCUCUUAGGACAAGCGACAUGUGCCUGUGACAGGACCGGAGGAAAAUGAGCCUAGCUCCAGAUGUAUUUGUGUCGGAUAAUAUAAGCCAGUAGCAGUUUAUUAAAGGGAUACUUUGGUCUUUGAAGGAAAUGUCCUGAAUUAUUUCAGUCUAAUCCUUCAUUUACAACUUAAUUCCCUAAAUAGGGAAUUCGUGAAUUCCUAGUGCUUGUGAGGUACAGAAAUGGACAAAUCAUUCUCUCUGUGUUACUGGCCUUCCAAAUUGCCAUAGGUCCCACAGCCUGGACUGUCUCCUCAGGCAACCUUGGUUUUCAGGAAAAAUAUUAAAGCGGUAUCUGGAACAGAAUUCUGUCAGGAUUCCGUGAAGAUAAUGGUGUUUCUUGGCACCUGCCUCUAAAGAGCAAACCUUUGUACUUUACUGUCCAAUUACCUUAAAAAAAGUAUCGAAGUUGGAAUAAGGCCAGCUUGUGUAUGAGGUAGUGCUGAACACUGAGAACGAAUGCCUCUGUUCAGCGUAAAGAGAAGGAUCUGAAAAUACUUGGAAGGAAUAAGAGAAGAAUGAUUUAAUUUCAUCUGGAACUCCAGAUACUCUUGUGUGUACUUCCUGCUGUCUGUUGGAUGGUGAGAGGGUACAGCUACAGUGGCUGUUGCAGAGGUCCCCUUGUCCAUGGUAUCGUGUUCCUUCCAGCUGCUUGUGGGACCAUGACAUGGUAGAGAGGUGGUGGUUGCCGCAAAGCUCCGUUGCCCAAUCCUGCAGGCACCUUUGAGCUGCCUGUGGGAACUGGAUGGGGUGUAGAUCAGGUAGAUGGUGCGGCGCCCUCUUUGCCCAUGGCUGUGGGCACCUUCUUCUGAACUGAGGAAUGAAGACACACUGCAGGUAGCGCGUGUGUUACUGGGAUCCACUCUUCCACGGCUGCAUGUUGCUUCCCUUUUCCUGAGGGACCCUGGCAUGGUAGAGAGGUGGUGGUUGUUGCUGCAGAGGUCCCUUUGUCGCAGGCUGUGGGCACCUUUGAGCUGCCCGUGGGAGCUGGGUGGCGUAUAGGCAGGGUGGGUGCUCUAGCUCUGCCCUUGUCCAUGUACGAAGGCACCUUCUGGCUGUCUGUAGGAUGUCGGGGUACAGGUACGGCAGGCCCUGCGGUGCUCCCGUUGUCCAUGUGUGCAGGCACCUUUGAGCUGCCCGUGGGAGCUGGGUGGCGUACGGGCACGGUGGGUGCUGUAGCCGUCUUUUUGCCCACAGUUGUGGGCACCUUCUUGUGGACUGUGGAAUGAAGACACACUACAGGUAGCGUGUGUGUUACUGGGAUCCACUCUUCCACGGCUGCGUGUUGCUUCCCUUUUCCUGGGGGACCCUGGCAUGGUAGAGAGGUGGUGGUUGUUGCUGCAGAGGUCCCUUUGUCGCAGGCUGUGGGCACCUUUGAGCUGCCCGUGGGAGCUGGGUGGCGUAUGGGCAGGGUGGGUGCUGUAGCAGUCUUUUUGCCCACAGUUGUGGGCACCUUCUUGUGGACUGUGGAAUGAAGACACAGUACAGGUAGCGUGUGUGUUACUGGGAUCCACUCUUCCUCGGCUGCGUGUUGCUUCCCUUUUCCUGGGGGACCCUGGCAUGCUCGAGAGGUGUUGUUUUUUGCUGCAGAGGUCCCUUUGUCGCAGGCUGUGGGCACCUUUGAGCUGCCCGUGGGAGCUGGGUGGCAUACGGGCAGGGUGGGUGCUGUAGCCAUUUUUUUGCCCACUGCUGUGGGCACCUUCUUGCUGGCUGCUGGAUGGUGAUGGGGUGCAGGUAAGUGGGUCUUCUGAUGCUCCUGUUAUCUAUGGCUGUGGGCACCUUUGAUCUUUCUGUGGUACCUGGAUGGGGUAGAGAUAAGGUGGGUGGCACAACAGUUGCAUUGCCCACCUCUGUGGGCAUCUUGUGGCUGUCUCUGUGGUCACGACUGGCUAUUGAUACGCUUGGUGUUGUGGAGCCUCUCAGUGUUUGCUUGCCCAUCUGCUCCUCUGCCAUUUUGGUCUGGUGCAGCCCUCUUUAUAGCCGUGUGGGCCCAACCGUAUCACGAUCCACUCUGCACGGUUGACCAGCAUAGGCAGUUGGCCCCCUGUGACAUCGCCGUGACACGACCAGUGCUGGGCCAGGGCCUUGUUUGUGUCCCAGCCCUCAGCUUCCUAGGGGAGAAUUCUGUGGAGCUCCCUUUGCCCAUGUUUUGGGGGCGCUCCCUGCAAGUCCGGGGUGGUGUAGAGGGGCAGGGCUGUCUUAUCUGUCCUUUGCAGUGUUGAGAGCUCUCUCCCUGAGUGAGAAGGUGGGAGACCACAGGAAUGUGCCAUUGUGUGGUAGUGCUCUUGUCAUCAAUUUGUUAAUAAGUUAAGAUUCAUUGACUUUAUUUGAUUGAUUAAUUGAUUUUAUAAAAUCAUUUUAUAAAAUAGAAAAAUAGAAGGAUAAGAAAUGUUUUUAAUGAAACUUAUAGUUGUACAGUAAAAGCUGCUAUGAGAUCUUCUGUACGUCUUGUACCAAGGCUAGAAGAAGGGGCUAGAACCAGUGUUAAAACUCAGGUGAUAACUUUAGGGUUUGAAAGGUUUCUUUGUGUUUGACCAGUCUUCUGUAUGUAGAGGCGUCUUGAAAUGUCAGAAUAUGAGAUUAAUGGAAACCGGGGAGAGUCGACUGGAACAGCUUGUAGUUACCUGCCAAGAAACCGUGAACUUUAGUAAAAGGUGAUUCCGGCAGGGGGAGAUCGCGACCACCAACUCAUAUACCACCUACCCAGAUCGUACCCCAGACCCAUUUCUAGACCUUUCUAAGCUCUACUGCGCAGAAUCGGAUAUAGGAGGAGAAUAUGUUAAUGAUUUAUGGGAAAUAUCAUGGUUAUGCAUGAAUAUUUAAUGAACAUGUAUGAAUAAGUUCUAUAUAUGGAAUCUGAUUUUGAGACCUGGCGUGCGUUGAUCGUGAGAGGACUCGCUCACGCACCCGGCCAUCAAUAAAGAAGUGUCUGCUUAUCUACAUCACAUUGGUGUCGAUAAGUUCUUCAUUCCGAGAUUUCGGUAACAGUUUUGGCACCCCAGAUGGGACCUCGCUGAAGGAGACCGGAGGAGUCGGGGACCUGAUCGGUUCCAGCCGGCACCGAGGAUUUCUCGGGGAUACCCAUCGAUCCCCGAUCCGUAAGGCUCUUGGCGACGUUCCCUGGAUUUUUGGUAAGACACUUCUUUUUUUAAUUGUAGUAAGUGGGUUGGAGUCCCACUAAAGUAAGUAAGUGCACUAGAGGAAGUGAGUAGGAGUCCCACUAUAAUAAGUGUAUGGGAAGGAGUGGGAUGGAGUCCCACCAGUGGGUUGGAGUCCCACUGAGUAAGUCUGCCUGUCAGAGGCGGUGAAAGAGCUGCGCAGGGUAGGACUAGGACUCUGCCCGUAAGACAUAAGCGAAAGCUGUUGCAGGGUUGGACAAAAGUGUAGACAAGAGAAACUAUAUGCUAUAGUGUUCUCUAAGGUAGUGCCUCUAACAAGAAGUUAGAAGAGGUUUUUGGGGUUUUUUUUGUUGUUUUGUGAGUUUGUGUAUUAAGAAGAAAAUGAAGAGGUAUAAUAUUGUGUUAUAGGUUUGUUUAAAGUAACUGUGGGAAAGUGUGAGUGUGGCUGUAAGGGUGAGACGUGUAAUUGAGAACGAAAGCGAGUGUGGAGUGUGGAUCCGCGGACCGGAGUGACAGAGUUGAAUAAUUGUGUAUUGUACUGUGAGUAAUUACACCAUGGCAGCUAAGUUAACUCGGUUGUUUAAAAGUCAAAGCAUGGGCAAUCUUGCUGUAAAUGACAAAAUCCCGAAAAAUUCUUUGUUGGGAUGUUUAUUGGCACAUUGGGGAAAUUUACAGGAUGAUCUGCAAAAGAGCCAGAUGAUUGAGUAUUGUAAUAAUUUGAGUACUGUAAUAAUUGGUGGCCUUUGUAUAUAUUGGAUGAUCAGGAAAAGUGGCCCACGAAUGGGACACUGAAUUAUAACACUAUUUUGCAGUUAAUGCUGUAUUGUAAAAGAGAAGGGAAAUGGAAUAAAAUGCCAGAUGUGGAUUUCUUUUUUUUAAGACAAAGAAAGGAUUGGCAGGAUGAAUGUAAGCUAAUUAUUAGAGAUAAUUUGGUAAUGGCUAUAACUUGUGAUAAUAAGAAAGUGGAAAAAAAUGUUGUUUAAAUUGUGAGGUUGGGAGUGGAUACAGGAGCGACAUUUUUUUUAUUAAAUACCUGUAAAGGAAAAACUGGAACAAAACCAGGCCAUUCCUGCAACCCCUGGAUUUGAAAUUUGGAAAUAAGAUAAUUACACCUGAAUUUUUGUAUGUACCAGAAUGUCCGAUACCCUUCUUAGGAAGAGAUUUGUUAUCCAAAUUAAAUGCACAGAUUGUUUUUGACGAAGGAGAACUUUUCUUGAAAAUACCCGAGUCAAAAACGGGAGAAAUCCUGAUGAUACAAGAAAAGGUAAAGGAACAAGAAAUUCCACCGGAAGGUGGAUUUGGCAGUGAUCCCUACUGUAUGGAAACAAAUAUUCCUGGUAAAUUGAAACUAGCAAAACCUGUUAAAAUAGAUUUGAAGGAAGGCGCAGGAACCGUGAGAAUUAAACAAUAUCCAAUCAAACCAGAAGUGAGACAGGAAUUGAAGAAAUUGACUGAUAAAUUUUUGGAGUAUAAAAUUUUGGAAGAAUGUGAAUCUGAGUAUAAUACUCCUAUUUUACCAGUCAGAAAACCCUCGGGUGAAUAGAGACUGGUACAAGACUUGAGAGCAGUAAAUCAAAUAGUUAAGGAUAUUUAUCCUGUAGUAGCAAACCCUUAUACACUGUUAACAGCAUUGAGGGAGAAUGAUCAGUGGUUUAUAGUGCUUGAUUUAAAAGAUGCUUUCUUUUGUAUACCUUUGGAAAAGGAAAGCAGAAAACUGUUUGCUUUUGAAUGGGAAAAUCCUCAAACUGGGCGAAAGAUGCAGUUGACAUGGACUAGAUUACCCCAAGGAUUUAAAAACAGUCCAACUAUUUUUGGCAAUCAUUUAGCAAAGGAAUUUGAAAUCUGGAAACAGGAUAAAUCAAGACCUGGGCAUUUACUUUUACAAUAUGUGGAUGAUCUAUUGAUUGCUACAGAAGAAAGAUUUAUUUGUAUACAGGUGACUAUUGACCUUUUGAAUUUCCUGGGACUAAAUGGGUAUAAGGUAUCCAGGAAGAAAGCCCAAAUAGCCUGCCAGACUGUGAUAUAUCUCGGCUUUGAGAUUUCAAAAGGACAACGACAAUGAGGAAAAAAUCGCAAAGAAGCUAUUUGUGGUGUACCUGAGCCGAGAAAUAUUCAUGAACUCAGAGCAUUUUUGGGCAUGACUGGGUGGUGUCGCCUUUGGAUCAUGAACUAUGGGCUAAUAGCUAAACCGCUGUGCGAGGCCCAAAAGAACUCUCCCUUUGUAUGGGGCCCACAACGACAAAAGGCUUUUGUAGAGUUGAAACGUGCCCUAAUGUCUGCACCUGCCUUGGGACUGCCGGAUCUAACCAAAGAUUUCCAGCUGUUUGUACAUGAAAGACAACACCUUGCACUGGGCGUGUUAACCCAGAGGACAGGAAGCUGGAAACGACCAGUCGGAUAUUUCUCUAAACAACUGGACACAGUGAGUAAAGGGUGGCCAAACUGCCUUCGAGCAGUGGCCGCAACAGUGAUGCUCAUACAAGAAGCUCGGAAAUUGACUUUGGGAAGAACAAUAACAGUCUAUGUUCCACACAUGGUGAUAACUGUCCUAGAACAGAAGGGGGGACAUUGGCUGUCCCCCAGCCGAAUGAUGAAAUACCAGGUGGUAUUGACUGAACAGGAUGAUGUGAUUCUAAAGACAGCUAACCUGGUAAAUCCUGCAGUGUUUUUAAGUUCCGUACAGGAAGAAGGACGACUGGAACAUGAUUGCUUGGCUACCAUCGAGUAUGUUUAUUCCAGUCGUGAAGAUCUGAAGGAUGUGCCAUUGGAGCGACCAGACUGGGAAUUGUAUACUGAUGGAAGCAGCUUUAUGGAACAAGGAGUCCGAUACGCCGGAUACGCGGUAACAACAGAGGCUACAGUUAUAGAAGCAGGAGCACUGGCGAGUACCACAUCAGCCCAAAAGGCAGAACUCAUCGCUUUAAUUCGAGCCUUAGAGGUAAGCAAAGACAAGAGAGUAAAUAUCUGGACUGAUUCAAAAUAUGCCUUUGGGGUAGUGCAUGUCCAUGGAGCUUUGUGGAAAGAGAGGGGGUUAUUGUCCUCUCAAGGAUCAAACAUUAAGCAUCAAACAGAAAUUGUACGAUUAUUGCAAGCAGUUCAAAAGCCAGAUCAAGUAGCAAUCAUGCACUGUAAGGCACACCAGAUUGGGAAUACAAAAAUGAUAGCUGGGAAUAAUUUAGCUGAUAGAACAGCAAAAAAAGGUAGCAAAGAAAGAAGCAUUGCAAAUGGCAGUAAUUCCUUCUAAAGCAGUAACCCUUCCUAGGGAAAAACCGAGAUAUUCAGAGGAAGAUGACAAAUUGGGUCAGUUAUUAAAUGCUAAGAAAAACUUAGCUGGAUGGUGGAUAACUCCUAAUGGACAAGUAGUAAUUCCACCUCUUGUGAUGAGAGAGGUAAUUCAAACGAGACAUCAAGAAUGUCACUGGGGGGCAGAAGCCUUAGUAACAUCUUUACGAAAGCAAGUAAUACCAGUUAAAAUGUUGGGAAUAGUAACUGCAUAGUAACUGCAAAAUGUGAGGUAUGUUUGAAAAAUAAUCCAACGAUUAAGAAGAAGGUUCAAAUGGGUAGGCUGAAGUCUGGUACAGAACCUGGAGAUUACUGGCAAGUAGAUUUUUCAGAGUUGCCUAGAUACAAUGGGUACCGGUACAUCUUGGUAGGGGUUGAUACUUUUACAGGAUGGCCAGAAACCCUUCCCUGUCGCACCACCCAAGCAAAAGAGGUUGUAAAGUGGUUAUUACAAGAAAUAAUUCCAAGAUUUGGAGUUCCUAUUGGAAUUUCCUCUGACAGAGGUCCACGCUUUGUUGCUGAAGUAGUCCAAAGUGUUAGCAAAGUAUUGGGUAUUAAUUGGGAUUUACAUGCGUCUUGGAGGCCACAAUCUAGUGGGAGAGUGGAAAGGAUGAAUCAAACUUUGAAACGACAAAUAAGUAAAAUUUGUCAAGAAACCAGUCUAAAGUGGCCUCGGGCGCUUCCAUUGGCAUUAUUAUGAAUCAGGGUACAGCCAAAGAGUGGAACCUCAGUCAGUCCUUAUGAAUUAUUAUAUGGAAAAACAUAUGAGUCUCUAGAACCAAAUCUAAACAUACAUGUAAAAGGAAAACAAGAUGCGUAUAACUAUUUGCUUUUUCUAAGGAAAACUUUGGCUGCAAUUUGGAGUGCAGUAAUUUGGAAUAGACCUUUAUUCCAGGAAAAUUCAGUGCGUGAUUUCCAACCAGGAGACUAUGUCUAUGUGAAGACCUGGACCUCCGAACCUUUGCAGGAGCACUGGAGAGGACCUCUUCCAGAUACUGUUAACCACUUUUACAGCUAUCAAGAUAGCAGAAUCAGACGCUUGGAUACAUUAUACUCAAGUGAAGAAAGCAUCUACUCCGUGGAAGAUUGUCAAUCGUGACCCAGAGACUUUAAAAUUGACACUGAAAGAUGUCUAAUUUUUAUAUUGGAUUUUAUUUUGGUCGGUAGUGUUGGUGGGAUCAUGGGCUGACUUGGUGGACAGGAACAAAAGACAAAUAGAAACAGAACAAGUAAUUGACAUUCCCAAACAAAUGGCUGAGGAAAAUUUGAUGGUAGGAUUGAUUAAAGAA